CGCAAGAUUGUCGCCGCCGAGGGCGUCUCGUCGCUCUUCAAGGGUGCCGGUGCCAACAUCCUCCGCGGUGUCGCUGGUGCCGGUGUCCUGUCGAUGUACGACAAGCUCCAGGAGCUCGUCUUCGGCAAGGUCUACUCGGGCGGCUCGGGCUAA